AUGGCCUCACUGCAGGAUCGCUCUCGCCCAACCACCGAAAACCAACCAUUCUUCUCAGAACUCCUCGGGGCGACAGAAAUGACCGGACAAGACGCCACCCCAGAGUUUCCCCCGGGACGUGCUCUCCAUCUUUGGCAUGUACAGAACUCUGCAGAGGCGAACAGCAGCAUUAUGCCUUCCAACCUCGAGGCACUCCUCCUGCAACGACAACGCAGUCGGAAAGACCAGCCAAAAGUCAGCGACGCCCCUACUUCUCCUACGGCCUCAUCCAGCGCCAGUCAACACUCAACAGAGACAUCAUGUUCUGCUUUCGACGGCGUCGAGAAUUGCAGAGACUACCACCAUCCAUCCAAGAACGGCAUACCCCUCCGCGCGCCCACAGCUCCGGCGGCAGACCGAAGACGGCAGAUCUCACUGCAUUACGGCUCAGCCCAUCAUUUCAGCGACGACAACCGCCCCCCGCCGAACGCACCAACUGGCCCUGCAGCAGAUCGAAGGCAAGCUGCGAAAGUUGCCACUGUACCCCAUCAGACCGCACCUAGCCACUGUCAGUCUUUCACCUGGCGGAGUAGGCAGGCGGCGUUGACGGACAGGUUCAGAAAAGUACAGGCCGAAAUGGAACGCCUUGGCUUCGGCAGGUCGCCUGCUGCCCCCGACACACCGGAGGAAUACUUAAAAACUAUUUUAGCUGAGAAAGAACGCCAAAUACAACGAAAGGCUGCCUUGGUUCAGGCAAUGAAAACGAAGAGAGAACAACAAAAGAGAGCACGACAGAAGGGCGCUAGCUCGGGUCAUACUUCCGGCAAUGAACCGGCUUCGGCUCAAGAUCCGACUUCAGCGUACGAACCGAUUUCAGGCCCAGAAUUGACUUCAGCUAAUUCCCAUCCACUAUAUGGAGCUGAUCGAUGUUGGAACAUUCAGUACACCGAGAUGAUGGACACACCACAGGACCACCAUGCGGAAUGGCCUACGCUGGCAAUGUUCAAGGAAGCGGGCCGCAGGACUUUCGACAAUCGAUGCCUACCCCUUCCGAAUCAGCACCAUGUUCAAGACCAAGCAUACAUGCCACUUAGCGAUGCGGCGUGGGAAGAGCGCGAAUCUCUGAGUCACCAAGGAAAUAUCAUUGACUUGGGCGAAAUCAGCAUUCUCUCACUAGCCGCUGGCACUGAGAUCGAGACUGGUCCAGCGUGCGACAUAGAUUCCGAAAGUCUCAACGAUUGGACUCGAGAGAUCAUCAACGAAAUCGUCCUUGAGGGGGAGGACUGCGGGGUGACGACUGCGCACGAAAGCUAG